AUGGAAAAGAACCCUCAGCGCAGCGAGCCGCGACGGCAGAGAGAUGAUAGCGAACUGGAACGGUUGCUAGGGGGGUUCACGCAGGCGAAUAACCAGCCGGACAAACCACAAUCAAGACCGUAUGUGCCCUUGGCAAGGGAAUCCAUAGGAGGUUUCAAAUGCUUCAGAUGUGGGGAGCCAGGACAUAGAGGAAGUGACUGCCCCACCGUACAGCAGUUUGUACCCGUGUCACGUUUGAAGGAUGUUGGCCAAAAUGCACCACUCCAAGAAGGGCGCAACGACGGGCUAUCGGGCGUCAAGGAACGAAAUUCAACGGCUUCGGUAGAGGCCUCGAGCAUUGUAUCCGCCACUGAUCAUUACGAUGCAGAGAAGCGAGCUGCAGCUGAAGCAUGGCGGCGACGCUCUGCGCGUUUCACCCAGAAAGAGGAAGAGCCGGCAUAUGAGAAGGAUCGUCGUAAGAAGGGAAUGCGGAUCGCGCGAUCAUCGGCCCAGGAGGACGAAAUGGACGAAGGCAUGGCUAGGGCAGAACGCAAACGACGAAGGAAAGAGGAGAAGAGGAGAGCUCAGUUGACAAAGACCGAGCCAACUCCAAUCCAGCUUCCAGAGUACAUCAGCGUGACGAAUCUUGCCUCCGCACUGAAGAUUCGAGUGGAAGACUUCGUCCAUAAACUCGAAGAACUCGGGUUCGAGGACAUCCAAAAUGAUCACAUUCUCAACGCGGAGAACUCGGCUCUGGUGGCUAUGGAAUACAACUUUGAGCCCAUAAUACAAACCGCGGAAGAGGACAUCGACUUGCAUCCUGCUCCUUUACCUGAGGACGUUUCCAUACUACCGGCUAGACCUCCGGUCGUUACUAUCAUGGGUCAUGUUGAUCACGGCAAGACUACUAUCCUGGACUUCUUGCGAAACUCGAGUGUAGCCGCAUCUGAAUUCGGUGGCAUCACCCAGCACAUCGGCGCUUUCAGCGUACCUCUGGAAUCUGGAAAGACCAUCACGUUCUUAGACACGCCUGGUCACGCCGCCUUCCUAUCUAUGCGACAGCGCGGAGCAAAUGUAACUGAUAUUGUCAUCCUCGUCGUCGCCGCCGACGACUCCGUCAAGCCCCAGACCAUCGAAGCGAUCAAGCACGCCCAAUCCGCCAACGUCCCCAUCAUCGUCGCCAUCAACAAAAUCGACAAAGAAGAAGCGAACCCAGACCGCGUGAAGCAAGACCUCGCCCGCCACGGCGUCGACGUCGAAGACUUCGGCGGCGAAACCCAGGUCGUCUGCGUCAGCGGCAAGACAGGCACAGGCAUGCCCGAGCUCGAAGAAUCCAUCGUCACCCUCUCCGAGAUCCUCGACCACCGCGCCGACCCCGAAGGCCCCGUGGAGGGCUGGGUCCUCGAAGGCACAACCCGCAAGUCCGGCCGCGUCGCCACCCUCCUCAUCCGCCGCGGCACACUCCAUGUUGGCGACAUCCUCGUCGCCGGCACGACCUGGGCGCGCGUCCGCACGCUCAGGAACGAAGCCGGCGCGCACAUCGACGCCGUCAGCCCCGGCAUGCCCGUCGAAGUCGACGGCUGGCGCGAGCAGCCCCUCGCCGGCGACGAGGUCCUCCAGGCCCCUGACGAGCAGAAAGCGUCCGCUGUCUCUGAGUUCCGCGCAGAUGCUGAGGAGCGCAUCCGCCUCGCGAAGGACAUGGAAGCUAUCAACGAAGCCCGCCGAUUUGAGACCGAGCGCGUAGAGAAAGAGAAGGCUGCCGCCGCCGCUGCCGCCGAAGCCACAGGCGAGGCCGACCCGGCCGCUGUGGAGGAGGUGGUCGCGAAAGCCUCCGGGCCCGAAAUCAUCCCCUUCAUCGUCAAAGCCGACGUCUCGGGCUCCGUCGAGGCCGUCACCGACUCCAUCGCGCCUCUCGGCAACGCGGAGGUCGCUUGCUCGAUCCUGCGCUCGGGCGUGGGCCCACCGUCCGAGUUCGACGUGCAGCAUGCUGCGGCUGCGAAGGGGCACAUCAUCAACUUCAACACGGCGAUCCCGCCGCAGAUUGCGGCGCUGGCGGAGGAGAAGGGGGUGAAAAUUCUAGACUCGAAUAUUAUUUAUCGGCUGUCUGAGGACGUGCGGGCGCUGUUGAGCGAGCGGCUGCCGCCGAGCGUGGUCAAGCGCGUGACGGGGGAGGCGGAGGUGGCGCAGAUGUUUAGCAUUACGCUCGCGGGGCGGAAGAAGAUGGUUAUUGCCGGGAGUAAGGUGCGGAAUGGGGUCAUUAAGAAGGGGGCGCUUGUGAGGGUGGUUAGGGGGGAGGAGAAUGUGUAUGAAGGUACGCUGUCGUCGCUGAAGAACGUCAAGAAGGAUGUGCUCGAGAUGCCGAAGAAUAGCGAGUGCGGCAUUGGGUUUGAGGACUGGGAGGGGUUCGAGGUCGGGGAUAAGGUGCAGUGCUAUGAGGAGACGAGGGAGAAGAGGUACUUGUAA